AAAAGCGUGAGAUCCAGUAUGCUCGAAAAAACAUGAGAUCCAUAAAUAUGAAAUAAAUAAAAGUGAACCCUUUCCCAUUGAAAAAGUUUUGCAACUUUAUUAGCUAAAAUUCCACACAUAAAUACAGAUUCACGAGGGGCCAUUCCUUUAUUUAUAAGUGGUAAAGUAAAACCGAACAGAGUCAACAGUGACAGUUUCAUAGCAUUCAAAUUCAUUCUAAGCCUUUUCAGAUAGGUCAUACUCUUCAACAGUAACACUCACCAACUUGUCAGCCACCACUUCACUAUGCUUUUUUUUUACACAUUCUCAAUUCAAUUUUACACAUAAAUAACCCACUCAACUACCGCACCAAUUUCUUUUCUUAUUUUUGUUGAAUCAAUUUUAGUAGUAGUAGUAGUAGUAAAAGGAACAAAAUCAGUGUCUUAACAUUAACACAUACCUGGUCCCGUUUUUGUUGUUCUCAUUCAUAAGCUCAUAAACCCUGAUUCUGUUUUUCUCUGCUGCUUCUGUUGUCUCUGCAUCUAUUCAAUGCAACCUUUCUUCUUCAUAAGUAAAAACCUUUAACCCACACCUCCUAUUUACUUUGCUUUUUUUCACUUUUUGUUCAGAUUCUUUAUCUAUAAAUUCUGCUCAGGGAAUUAAUAUCCUUGUCUAAGGUUUCUUGGGAACCACAUCAUCCUGCCUUUUUAUUUCUUUUUUUCCUUUAAAAACUUCUCAACCCCACCCAUUUUUGUAACACAUAACAAAACGGUCACUUUCUUGGUCAAGCAAUCUCUUUGUUUUGAUUUAAGAAUCCAAAUAUGGAUGAUCAAUGGAAGAGAAGUGGUCAAAUACCAGCAUUUGGAAACUGGGAUUUUGCAAAUGAGUUACCAAUAACUCAAUACUUUGAAACUGCAAGACAAGCUGGUUUGAUUCGUUAUAGUUCUUCAUCUGGUGAAAGUGAUCCUUAUGUUCAUGUUCGUGCAGAACAUCAUGAUCUUUAUGCUGUUGAAUACAAAAAACCAGUUCGAAAGGCAACAAGGAAUAGGGAAAGGAAGUACCAAAAUGUUAUGGUUAAUGAGAAAGAAACAACAAUGAACAUGAGAAAGCAGCAAGGGAAAGUGUACGAUGUAAUGGAACAUCCAAGGAAGCAAAUGAACAAGAACAAGAAGGUACAUGUUAGUGCUCCAUUACAACCUACGAGACUUCCAAAACCUGUUGAUGAAGAUCUUUAUAAGAUCCCUCCUGAGCUACUUCGCACAACUAAGAGGAAAAAAAUGUUGGGUUUCAUUUCCAAGUGUCUGGUGCCUGCUGCUUGUGUUUCAUGAGGGAUCAUAUCAUGUCAUGUCUCGUUUCUAUAAUCACUAAGGAAGUUUUAUUUUUUGUUUUUAUGUUAGUAACGCUACUAACUAACGCAUGUUGUGCUGGUUUUCUUGUGCACUCAGAUGCUAUAUGAUGACUUUUUUGUAGAAUGAAUGUAGUUAUUGCUUUCUUAAAAUUAAAUUUGGCCUUGAUUUCCUUUAUUCAA